UCCCGCGUCGUCUUGAUCUUCGUUGUAACCCGUCCCGAUUCUUGCUCCGUUGUGUUGUUGUCGUCGCCGCCAGCGUUCGCCUUCGAGGACCACCCUGUGGAAGAUCGGUCUCCUUUAUAACUUGACCAACCCCCCGGGGGCUAGGCAGCAGCCAAGACACUGUUCAGCAUUCCAGCACAACACGGGGCUUGGUGUGCACACCUUGAACCUCAACCGCUCCGAUCAACGUCCACGAUCGAGCUUGGCAGAUAUUUCACCCUGCAGUAAUGGGUCAGUCGCAUUCCAAGGGCAACUCUAGCCCGGGCGACUCUCUGCAGUCGUAUCCAUCUUUCUCCCGCUCCGAUACCAAAGAAUCGCUGCGCUCCAUUCGAGGCUCGAUCCGCUCCAAGAUCCGUAGCAGUGACAGUCCUCGCGCAUCGACGUCCGCGCUGUCCCAGACGGAAAGCCAGACGGACAGGUCGGAUGCCGGAUCGAUCAAAUCGGCAGCCAGUAGACGCAGCUCCACCAACCUGAGUACUCAGUCUCCUAUUGCUGAUGACACUGCAUCGAAAUCCGAUGCCCCCGAGCCUCCCCCGUCCCCAUCCUUGUCGAGCAGCUUGAAGCGCGGACAUCAAGAUGUGAGCGCGAUGCAGCAGAGUGGCGAGGUUGAUCUCGUGUCUGAUGCUCCUCCUACUGGUGUUGCUCCCGUAGGCCCAUCCUCACAGGCGGUGGGAGAGUCCAUUCUCAUCAAACGGGAGAAUCAGCUGAACCCUAUUCUGGACUUUAUCAUGAAUGCUCCGAUCGAGACGUCUGGCUCACCGGGAAUGGGAAUGGGUGCUCUGAAAUCCAUCGACUUGGACGACAUGAUCUCACGACUUCUCGAUGCCGGCUACUCGACCAAAGUCACCAAGACCGUUUGCUUGAAAAACGCGGAGAUCACUGCCAUCUGUACCGCUGCCCGGGAGCUGUUUCUCUCUCAGCCGGCUCUGUUGGAGCUGUCAGCCCCGGUCAAGAUCGUCGGAGAUGUUCACGGCCAAUAUACGGAUCUCAUCCGGCUCUUUGAGAUGUGCGGGUUCCCUCCUGCGUCCAACUAUCUCUUCUUGGGUGACUAUGUGGACCGUGGCAAGCAGAGCUUGGAGACGAUUCUUCUCCUGAUGUGCUAUAAGCUGAAAUAUCCCGAGAACUUCUUCCUUCUACGUGGCAACCACGAGUGUGCCAACGUAACCCGUGUUUAUGGGUUUUAUGAUGAAUGUAAACGGCGUUGCAACAUCAAGAUCUGGAAGACGUUCAUUGAUACCUUCAACUGUCUCCCGAUCGCCGCGAUCGUGGCUGGCAAGAUUUUCUGUGUUCACGGAGGGUUGUCUCCUAGCCUCUCGCAUAUGGAUGACAUUCGAGGAAUUGCACGCCCGACCGACGUGCCGGACUACGGUUUGCUGAACGACCUCCUGUGGAGUGAUCCUGCGGACAUGGAGGAGGAUUGGGAGCCCAACGAGCGCGGUGUGAGUUACUGUUUCGGCAAGAAGGUGAUCAUGGACUUUUUGCAGCGGCAUGAUUUCGACCUGGUCUGUCGAGCGCACAUGGUUGUCGAGGAUGGCUAUGAGUUCUACCAGGAUCGAGUUCUCGUCACCGUCUUUUCUGCCCCCAACUACUGCGGCGAAUUUGAUAACUGGGGUGCUAUCAUGUCGGUUUCGGGUGAAUUGCUGUGUAGUUUCGAGCUGUUGAAACCACUGGACUCCACCGCUUUGAAGAACCACAUUAAGAAGGGCCGGAACAAGCGGAACAGCAUGCUCAGCAGUCCUCCUGCACCUGUCUCGGCACAAAGCUAUUAGGUCUUGGUGAUGACAUGCCAAGUAAUCGUCGUCCGUCUUAUGUCACCACCAAGGCGAUGGCCCUGAGCCCGCC